GUAUAUGAGCAUUGAAUUGGAACAGUGGGAGUAAGGUUUGGUUCCGCCGAGGCAACCAAGGUGUUAUCAAAAGAAGAGGCAAAUGUGUAGAAAGCCUACAAAAGCAACAUCACAAAGCUAGCAAUGAAGGCGAUGCAGCAGUGAGAUCUUGUUUCUAGACAUGAGACCUUGCGAGUUGCAGCGCAGCAUUCAAGCUCCGAGCAAGCACAAAGCAAGCUGAAAGAACAGCAGCAGGAUCAGGUGAUGGCAGGAAUGUAAGGAAUACAAUGGGCGGAGGAGAGACGCACGUGAUGAACGAAGCAUGUGACCAUACUGACAGACAUACAGAACAGACACACAGAUCUACAUGCCUUUUUUCACUGCAAGCGAUCGGAUGCCUGCAGCAAGGUGAGCCAUUCCUGAAGCAAAGCGCAAGGAAACCACGCAAGGACGCACCCCGCCCGCACCCCCCCGUUGUAUCGACGCAUUGUCAAGGGCACCAGGAGACUGAAAUCAACACGAUCUAGUCGUGCAGGAGCCUAGCGAUGGCGUAUUUCUCACGAGACACCGGCACUAUCCUUCUAGUUGCGGUAUAAAACGGUGCCUGCGACGACAAUGAUUAGAUCGCCCAAGCAGUCACAUCGUUCUAAGCUGCAGACUGAUUUUCAUGAGAAAAGCACACAUAGGCUUCCCCGAAUUCCAAGCUCGAUCGCUUUCUCUACUCGCUUUGUUGUGAAGCAGCGAAGAGGGAGGAACAUCAAUUGAAGGAAGGGAUCGCCAUGGCGAUGCAGCAGUUUGUGAUGCGGUCCGGCAACACCUUCAUGCUGGAGGGCCGUCCAUUCUACCUAAAUGGGUGGAACUCGUACUGGUUGAUGGUGAAUGCUGCGCUGGCCGACACGCAGCCGAGAGUGGACGCGAUUCUGCGCGACGGAGCGGCGCUCGGGCUCACCUUGUGCCGCACCUGGGCCUUCAACGACGACAGCUACCUCGCUUUGCAGACGUUGCCGGGGACAUACGACGAGAAGGUUUUCAAGGGAUUGGAUUACGUCAUACAUCAAGCUCAGAUUAAUGGAGUGAGGUUAUUGCUGAGUCUAGUAAACAACUGGAAGGACUUCGGCGGCAAGGCCAAGUACGUGGAAUGGGCCAAGGCCGAAGGAGAGGCUGUUGCCGACGAGGAUGACUUUUACCGGAAUGCCAAGUGCCGGCAGUAUUACAGGAACCAUGUCAAGGCUGUAUUAACGAGAGUCAACACUAUCACUGGAGUGGCCUACCGCGAUGAUCCAACAAUCUUUGGUUGGGAGCUUAUGAAUGAACCCCAGUGCAGAUCUGAUUCUUCAGGAGACACGCUCAAGGCAUGGAUUGGAGAAAUGUCUGCUCAUGUGAAGACUCUGGACAAUAAGCACCUUCUGACAGUCGGCACGGAAGGCUACUACGCAACGGACAGCGUUGGUUGCCGUAGCUCAAACCCAAACAGCUACAGCGGCACAGUAGGCACUGAUUUCAUCCGGCACCACCAGCUACCUUACAUUGAUUUCGCAACCGCCCACGCGUACCCAGACCAAUGGCUGUCAGCUGGAGAUUUUGACGCGACUCAAGACUUUUUCGACCGCUGGGUGAGAGCUCACAUCGUCGACGCCGAGAGGGUCCUCCGGAUGCCAGUGAUCUUCGCCGAAUUCGGCCUCUCAGACAAGAAGCCUGGAUUCACCGAACAGAAGCGAGACGCAUUCUUCGGCAUAGUCUACGACCAAGUGUACCAAAGUGCGCUGAAGCGCGGCGCUGGAUCAGGAGCUCUCAUGUGGCAGCUUCUUCCUUUGGAGAUGAGCGACUGGAACGAUGGAUAUGGCUUAGCGCCAGUUUGCGGUUCCUCCAUUUCCAAUGUGAUGCUGCGCCAGUCGGUGAGGCUGAGGGCCUUGCGUCAACCUAUGUGCGGCAUCGAUGAGGGCCUGCCUCUGGAUACUUGUGGCAAUGUGACACCGCAUGUGUAUGAUAAAGGUCUAAACCAGAUCCUUGCGUAAUCAGAUGAAUUCUACGAAGAAUGAAGUGAAAAAUGUUCUCAGAUGCAAUACAAUCACUGGGGGGUUUGUUGAUGAAUUUCUCUCCAUGCAAAGCGGACGUUGUGGAACAAAUUGUAGGGGAGCCUAACCCCAGCCCCUCCAGAGCAAGUCUGUCGGAUUUUGCAUCUAGCAGCUUCCUUUCUUAUCUCAAGCUCAGUUGAUGAAUUCUAGUACUUGUGGUAAAAGUUGUAAAUCGGCUAAUAAACAAAAAUAUGUUUGACGCCUUCAUUUCGACUGC